AACCCUAGACAAGCAGACCCCAUGGACAAGCAGACCCUGGACAAGCAGACCCUGGACAAGCAGACCCUGGACAAGCAGACCCUGGACAAGGAGAGCCUAGACAAAGAGAACCUAGACAAAGAGAACCUGAAAAAGGAGAACCUAGACAAGGAGAACCUAGGCAAAGAGAACCUAGACAAAGAGAACCUUGACAAGAAGAACCUAGACAAAGAGAACAUAGACAAGAAGAACCUAAACAUGGAGAACCUAGACAGAGAGCACAUUGACAAGGAGAACCUAGACAAGGAGAACCUAGACAAGGAGAACCUAGACAAGGAGAACCUAGACAAGGAGAACCUAGGCAAGGAGAACCUAGACAAGGAUAACCUAGACAAAAAAACUAAACAAGGGAACCCUAAACAAGGAAAACCCGGACAAGGAAAACCUAGCAGUUUCUUGGAAUUUCUUAAAUAUUGGAAUAAAUGUUUGAUGUUUUAAUCAAAUAAAAGAAAUAAUUAACA